GCGAUCUCCAUAUCCUGUUAGUGUGAGAAUAGCGGUCGAAUCCCAAGAUUUAAUAUAGUGAAAUGUUGUGCCUGCUGAUACGUGGUUUUGUGGACAGACGAGCGGCUUUCGUUGUGACACCAGGAAGUUCUGUAGGACCGGCGUGAGUGUUUUGAAAUUGCAGCGAGAGGUACUUCGGCAUUGUGAGUAUUAGCCUACUGGCCUGGUUAGAGACCACCCUGUCCUGACGACACCACGAUGCACCAUGCGGGUGAAAAGCAGGAGCACCAGUGUCUCUUCCUGGAAGUGACCGGCCGCAGCGAAGAGUCCGUCCUCCCUCUGCACUCUUCCAUCGUGUUGUUCCUUCUUUCCUACUGCGAGUGCACGUCCUUCCGUCUGUUCCUGGUGGCGGACGACGGACAGUCAUGGAGCGGGCAUGUCCCGGCUGGCUUGGGCGCCGUAGAAAUCCAACGGGAGCAGAUGCCGCCACUGGUUAGGAGCUGCCGGUUGCCUGCCGUGCUGGAUGCGGACGGCGGCUUCUGUCGGACCGGCUUGGCCGUGGUGCUGAGACACAUCCUGCACCGGGUGUGUGAGGAGGAGCCCCUCCGGAGGGACAUGCAGGCGCUGCUCGGGUUCAAGAAAACCUGCCUCAAAGCCUGCGCCGAGGUGAGCCAGUGGACACGGCUGUGUGAGCUCAGCAUCCCUUCCGCCGUGGAGGAGUUCCUCCACUCUCCGGAUGGGCGAGACUCCCCAGUGCCUGCUGCCGUCCUGCACCUGGAGCGGAAGCUGGGUGAGCCCGUCAAGGUGCACAACGACGACAAGAUUCGGCGGCAGAAGCUGCAGCUGCAGCAGGAGGAGGAAGCGGGCCCUCAGGAGGCCUCUGCAUCCGGGCCCCUUCCCAGCCAGGGGUCUGACGGACUGGAGCUCAGGGCCGCUUUGGCCAAACUGUCGGUGGACGCAGUUCAGACUCCAGCCACCAGGGGGCCCUCUGACAUCAGGAAAGUGAAGACCACCAAGCUGCCCUCGCUGGAACACGUGUUUGUGGAGGGCUUGUAUUUUACCCUCGCUGACCUCGUUCUCAUACCUUGCGCGCACCACUACUUACGUGCCCUACAGAGCCACAGCGGCAGCAGCCUGGCCCAGCUCCCGCUCCUGCUCCGCUGGUACCUCCGCGUCCAGGAGGUCCCCGGGGUGCGCAGGGCCGCUGAGGCCUGUGGGAUUGCUCUUCUCACCCCGCAAGCCCCGGUGUUCCCAACCCAGGCAGAGCUGCUGCAGCCUGGGGAAGAGGAGCUGGAAAGCGGGGGGACGAUGCCGGCGGCCUUUGUUGGAGGCCCGAGGCCUACGAUGACCAAGCUUAAGGAGGGUGGCAUCGAGCCCAUCUUCUCCCCCCAUCCCUGCCCAUCAUGGAGCCUGGACUGGGACCGGCUGCCGGCGGCUGUCAAUCCCACAGAAGGAAAAAUGUCAGACGUCCGGGCAACGAGAAAGCGGCAGCAGCUGAACAACCUGGUUUCCAUGGUGACGAAGUUAGCAUGUCCGGGAGACCGGGUGGUGGACUUCUGCAGCGGAGGUGGACACGUCGGCAUCGUUCUCGCCCACGCCCUCCCCGAGUGCCAGGUGAUUCUGAUCGAGAACAAGGAGGAGUCCCUGCUCCGAGCGAAAGCCCGAUGUGCUGAACUCAGCCUGAAAAAUGUGUCCUUUAUCCAGGCGAACCUGGACUACUUCACUGGACCCUUUCAGAUAGGGGUGGCGCUGCACGCCUGCGGCGUGGCCACAGACAUGGUCCUGGAGCACUGCUUGCAGGCCGCCGCCGCCUUCAUCAUCAGCCCCUGCUGCUACGGCUUCGUCCAGAACACCUGCAAGUUCACCUUCCCCCGGAGCAAGCGGUUUUCGGAUGUGCUGAGCUACAAGGAGCACAUGAUCCUCUGCAGGUUCGCGGACCAAACGGCUGGGCAGUUGCCUCCCGACCGACAGUUAAUAGGCAAGCAUUGCAUGGGUCUGGUGGACCUAGACCGGGCUUGGGCCGCCGAGAGUCUGGGUUACUCAGUCAGGGUCCUGACCAUGGAGCCUGCAAGCUGCUCCCCCAAGAACAACAUGCUGGUCGGGGUCCCCACUGGCCGGAGACUCUGCUGAAGCCGGGGACAGGAUCCCAGGAUCUUAGUUCCCCUCGUAUACGAGAUGCAAUCAUGUUGUUUAAAACCCCCCCCCCAUCACUUCUGCUAUGGCACUGUGUGCCAUUAUACCAAGAAGGUGGAAAAAUAGGGUUGUAAUUCAACUUUAAGGGCAUUGUCGAUAUUUUAUGGAUAAAAAAUUUUACAGGCAAAGAAACAUGUUUUAUUGAACCUGAUUUUAUACGAGGAACCUUUCCAGGAGCUGAAGACCUCCCCAGUCUUAGGCAGCUGUGCCGAAGAAGAGGCAGUGAUAUAAAAUAAGAUUAUUACGGUUAUUAAAACGUCAGACGGUGGGCUCAGAUGAAUGCCUGAAACCACCCGAGAUGAUCGUCUCCGUGAUCCAGGGCUUGAUCCUGCAUGACCCCAUGAGCGGCCUUUAGGGGAAUGCACCCCCCCCCCCCCAACUCAGGUGUCCAGAGUCUUCACGACCCGGCGGACACCGCUAAGCCAGGCGUGUCGGCCACGCUGCUGAUCCUGAUAAAAGCAGGAUCUUUCCCUAAUGGUGAACCGCACCGGGUGUGGAACAAAACAAGGGAAAAAAAAGGGACAAUAGGCCUAGGCACAAAAAAAAAUUGAUACACAUUUACUACCGACUCCUGUUGCACAAGUACAAGUUGCAGACAGCAUUUGUGUGGCGUUUUAAUACUGAAUAAAUGUUUUCAAAAUCUAA